AGUCCUUAAUUUUCAGAUUGAAAGAGGCGAACAAAAAAAUGUCUAUGUGGAUCGUUCUAGCUUGCAUGCUCACAUCAUGGAUCUUCUUGCACCGAUGGGGACAGAGGAACAAGAGAGGUCCCAAGACAUGGCCUUUGGUCGGAGCAGCCAUUGAGCAGUUGACUAACUUUGACCGAAUGCACGACUGGCUCGUUGAGUAUCUUUACGACUCAAGAACCGUAGUGGUUCCUAUGCCCUUCACCACUUAUACAUACAUAGCAGAUCCCAUCAAUGUAGAACACGUCCUCAAAACCAACUUCUCCAACUACCCAAAGGGAGAGACGUACCACUCCUAUAUGGAAGUUUUGUUGGGAGAUGGGAUCUUCAAUUCAGAUGGAGAGCUCUGGAGGAAACAGAGGAAAACCGCGAGUUUCGAGUUUGCUUCCAAGAAUCUCAGAGACUUCAGUACUGUAGUGUUUAAAGAGUAUAGCCUCAAGCUCUUCUCCAUCCUUUGUCAAGCUUCUUUCAAAGACCAACAAGUAGACAUGCAGGAACUGUUGAUGAGAAUGACUCUAGACUCCAUAUGUAAAGUGGGAUUUGGUGUGGAGAUAGGAACAUUGGCUCCAGAUCUACCAGAGAAUCGCUUUGCUAAGGCUUUCGAUACCGCAAAUAUAAUCGUAACACUUCGUUUCAUAGACCCUCUUUGGAAGAUGAAAAAGUACCUUAACAUAGGAUCUGAGGCAUUACUUGGCAAGAGCAUAAAAGUAGUCGAUGAUUUCACAUAUUCAAUGAUAAGAAGAAGGAAAACAGAGAUAUUAGAGGCACAAAAAUCUCCUUCCAACAACAUUAAGAUGAAGCAUGAUAUACUCUCGAGGUUUAUUGAGAUCAGCGACGAUCCUGAUAGCAAAUCAACUGAGAAAAGCCUAAGAGAUAUAGUCCUCAACUUUGUUAUUGCUGGAAGAGAUACAACAGCAACAACUCUCACUUGGGCUAUAUAUAUGAUAAUGAUGAAUGAACAUGUGGCCGAGAAGCUUUGCUCAGAGCUACAAGAACUCGAAAGAGAAAAGGCCGAAGAGACAAACACACCGUUGCGUCAAUACGAUACAGAGGACUUCAAGUCCUUCAACGAGAGGGUAACACAGUUUGCAGGAAUGUUGAGUUAUGAUUCUUUAGGAAAAUUACAUUACUUACAUGCUGUGGUAACAGAAACACUUCGUCUCUACCCAGCAGUUCCUCAGGAUCCAAAAGGAGUGUUAGAAGAUGAUAUAUUGCCUAAUGGAACAAAAGUAAAAGCAGGAGGUAUGGUAACAUAUGUUCCUUACUCAAUGGGUCGUAUGGAAUACAACUGGGGAUCAGAUGCAGCCACGUUUAAACCCGAGAGAUGGCUUAAAGAUGGGAUGUUUCAGAACGCUUCCCCAUUCAAGUUCACAGCAUUUCAGGCUGGACCUAGGAUAUGCUUGGGAAAGGAUUCAGCUUAUCUACAAAUGAAGAUGGCGAUGGCAAUUCUUUGCAGAUUUUAUAAGUUCCAUUUGGUACCAAAUCAUCCUGUCAAGUACCGGAUGAUGACAAUUCUAUCUAUGGCGCAUGGUUUGAAAGUUACUGUAUCCAGACGUUCAUAGACAAAAACAAAAAGAGAGAACAAUAAAGAGAAAGUCUAAUCCAGUGUGGAAAUGAUACAAGAAGAUAAGAUACACAAAUCUUUUUUAAACAUUUUGCUCUUAAACUAUCAAAGAAUAUAUCAAUUGUCCAAGUGAAUAUAUAAUUUCAAGUUUCAUGUUCUAAGAUUACUUCUUUUCAAUAAAAAUCUUAAGUUCUGAUUAAUAUAAACUUGCUAAUAAAUUAAUUAUUUUUGGUUA